UUUUGUGUUUGUUCUUCGAUAAUUUAGUAAAAUGUCUACCAAUGGUGUUUCUAUGUUAAACCACAACCAUGUCGGUAGGGAACCUGAAGCAUGUAAACUGUUCAUAGGUCAAGUUCCUCGAAAUUGGACGGAGAAAGAACUUCGCCCAAUACUAGAGCCAUAUGGUGAAAUUCAUGAAUUAUCAAUAUUAUACGACAAAUACACAGGACAACAUAAAGGGUGUGCUUUUCUUGUUUUCUAUGAGAAGGAAGCUGCGAAUAGAUGUCAAAAUGAAUUACACGAAAAAAGAACUCUUCCUGGGAGUGUAAACAAAAUGCAAGUAAAACCAGCUGAGUCAGAAAUAAAAACUGAAGAUCGUAAACUUUUUAUUGGAAUGCUUUCUAAGAAAUUAAAUGAAGAUGAUUUGCGUAUAAUGUUUUCUCCCUAUGGAACAAUAGAAGAAUUAACUAUAUUAAGAAAUCCAGAUGGUGGUAGUAAAGGUUGUGCUUUUAUAAAAUACAGCACUCGAUUGCAAGCGCAAAACGCUAUAAAAGCUAUGCAUAACUCUCAAACUAUGGAGAAUUGUUCGUCUCCAGUUGUUGUAAAAAUUGCUGACACUGAAAGAGAAAAAAUUCAAAAACGUAUGCAAUCUAUGGCCACAAACCUUGUUGGAUUAGGUAUGACAAUGGGUCAAUGUAAUGGUAGUCUACUAAAUAACACUGCAUCGUUGCAACAUGCUUAUUAUCAGCAAUUACUUGCCCAGUUAGCGCUUCCGGGCAGCACACAGAAUAUGGCACAGUUAAUGAAUGCUCCUGGACUAAGUGCAGUACCUGGUGCCAUGGGGGCUAUUGUUGCUGCUAUGGCUACAAACCAAACACAAAACUCAGCUUCACUUCAACAAACACCACAGCAAAUGCAGUAUAAUUCUUCAUUGUUUAGUACACCUGGAUCUGCACAACAAUUAUCUUCAAAUAGCUUUUCUGCUGCACAUUCAGUUGCAUCAAGCAUUAAUGGUGGUUUAGGCAUGGCUAGUCUUCCUUCAAAUUUAACAGGCAUAGCUCAACUUGGUGGAGGAUUGACUAACAUGUCCAGUCUUGCAGGUGGGCAAUCUUACUCUUCUACUGGACAGUCUUAUUCUUCCAGUGGUUAUACUUCAUCUGGGCAGGCCUAUCCCUCUAACACAGUGCCUGCUUCAGUAAGCUCUGAUACUAUGCAACAAGCUUACUCUGGUCUCCAGAAUUACGUGGCUGCUUUUCCAAAUGCAUACCAAAAUGUAAUACAACACCAGCAGGCAAAACAACCACAAAAAGAAGCAUUCCAUUUUUUAGGUCCUGAUGGUGCAAAUUUAUUUAUUUAUCAUCUUCCACAAGAAUUUACAGAUGCUGACCUAAUGCAGACGUUUAUGCCAUUCGGUAACGUUGUUAGUGCGAAAGUGUUUAUAGAUAAACCAACGUUACUUAGUAAAUGUUUUGGAUUUGUUAGCUACGAUAAUUCGCUUAGUGCUACCAAUGCCAUAAAUGCCAUGCAUGGCUUCAGUAUUGGUUCAAAACGAUUAAAAGUUCAAUUGAAAAGACCUAAAGACAAAAAACCAUAUGCUUCAUAAUUAUCUUUUGGAUAAAAUAAACUGAGGCUUUUGUCCAAGUGACGCUGGCUGUUACUUUUCAAGUGAAAUUUAGAUAAUUCCAAAUUUCUCUAAUUUUAUACUGUUAAAUAGCAUAUGAACGGGUUUGUAAUUUAAAACAUGGUUGCUUAAUAUCUAAAUGUUAUUUUACAUGUUUCGUUCAAUUCCAUCUGUGAGUGAACCUGUCUGUCUUUUGGUGUAUGUGCGAUGUAAUAAACAAUUUAGCUUAAAAUUUUGUGUUUUUUUUUUUUUGAGAGUAAGCUUCUUGAAGAAACAUUUCUAUUCAGUUUCCUUGUUGUUUUGUUGCCGUUCUUCAUUCUCAAGUGUCCGUUUGUCUUAAGCUCAUUGUAUUAUUAUGUGUGCUUAGUGAUUUGUCCGUUGUCUUUUGAAAUUUUGUCGUGUGAACUAUAAGGCUUCCAUUGUUUUGUCAAAUAUUUUGUCAAACCUGUUGGAUACUAUUUAUAAAUAAUAUAUUUUUAUUGGACAACGAACAUUUGUAAAUACAAGACAUAUUUAUUGAAGAGGUUAGUAGAAGAUGGCAUUUUUUAAUUAAUUUUUAUUUUAACAAUAGCUUUAAAAAAGUAACUUUUUUUAGUCUUUUCUUGAAAUGUUUGAAUUCAUAUCUUAUAAUCAACGGUUUUCACUUUUUUAAAAAACAUUUUUAAUUUACUAUAAUUGUCGAAGCAAAUCUCUUUCCGCUACGAUGUUUUUAUAUAUACGAAAUUUUCUACAUGAAAUUUUAUUUCAUACACGAGAGAUAUUUAUUUUGUAAAAAAGAUAUACUCCAAAGACAGACAGGCUACUUCAGUUGGAGUUUACAGUUUAGUUUAUUUUGGAAUUUUUCCGCAGUAAGUUAAAGAGAUUUGAAAUUUCUGUUUGGAAUGAUUUGCUUAAAAGAGAAUUUCAAUAAAGAAUUCUAUUUCGUGGUGUUUAUUGUUUGUUUUCUUUAUUAGAGUUAUGAUUGACGCAAAUCUUUUUUUCUUAUAUAUAUAUUUUUAUUCGUUUAUUCAAUCCUUUAAAUUCAGAGUUACUUUUAAUUGUUCUUAAAAAUUUUGGAGUAUUUUCGAUGGUAUUUUGUUUAAGUAUCGUUUGGCAGUCAAAUAUUUUAUUGAUUUAAAUUUUGUAAUUCAUGUUACGUUAUUUGACAGUGUCCGUCAAUGUAUGCUAUGUGUAAAUCGGACGUGUGUUUUUGUUUUUAAUAUUUGUUCUUGCGAUUUGUUUAAAAUGUUUCUUGUGUGUUAAAUGUUUCCAUAUUUCAAAAAUAGAAUAUGGUUUAACGCGUUGAGAAUGAGUUUUUAAUAAACAGUAGUCCUUGUUAAGUAAACCGUUAUGUUUUUGUUUAUUUCAUGAUUUAUUCAUAGCUGUUUUAUUAAGUUAAUUUAUAUUAUUUACUUUCCAUACGAUUUUGUCGGUCAAGACUAGUGAAUUCAACUGAAGUUUUUUUAGCCUGCCUGUCAUUUUAUUAUGACAGCCUAAUUUUAUAGGUAUUUCUUAUACGCUAACUAAAGAAACAAAUUAGGCGUAUUAA